CAAACCCGGAAGUGCAGUCAAAACAAAUCUCGGACCUCUCACAUGGUCCGAUAUUUACAACGGUUUUGUUUUAUUUUUUUUGCUGUGCAUUAUAUGAGAUAUUCAAUUGUAUUUGUAGGGUAUGUCACGUAAAGCACUUUCAUUCGCUGAUUCACCGAUUACUUUCGGCGAUUAGAAAAGUUUGCAGGGGAAGUGUCCCUCCAGUGUCGCCACCACGCAUCUCCCCAAACCCGCCAUUCACCACGACCGAGUCCCCGCCGUGUUCCGUCGGCGUGGAAGACGACAAGGCAUCGCUGUGUGGGGCGACGUUUAAUUCAUGUAUGGACCGACAGCGGCUAUGCCGCUGUCACCCUGGCGAGGCCUGGCGUGCAGCCCACCGGAGGCGGGGAAUCGGCACAACACCGCCCGUUGAGUGUGGACACAUUAGGGUGAAGUUCACUCAGAGGUUGUGUGACGCUCUGUCCCGAAGCCUUGGGACUCGCCACAUGUUUUGGUACGGCACCACUCUAGCCUAACCAAACCCAGAGAUCCGGGGAACAGGUUCGGUGAAUGUCGCCCGGAGGUCUGCAGAACCCUCAUCAUGCAUUCCGACCUUUUUGACUGAAAAAAGCCCCAUGCCAAGGAGCAGUGCAGUCCUGAUUUUGGAUUUGAUGUCGGACUACCUUCACAUUCGGGGUGAGUAGUGGCCCCAUACAUGUGGAUAUAGUAGGCAUGUUGCAAUUUCCUCUAUACAAGGCGAACCGGUUUUCUGUUUUCUUUGUUUGUAAUAUGAACAGACACAACAUUGUUUGCAUGAACUUAAAAACUAGUGGAACUGUUCCCAGGCUACUCCUGUGUACUGCCUGAUAAGUGUUCGUCAGGACGGUGUCUCUCAUUCCUUCCUUCCGCCGGUUCACCGAGAAACGAAGACAAUCUGAACUGCCCUUCAGCGGCUGUACCCGUAGGAGCCCGCCGCUAUGGAGCAGAUGUACUUCUCGGUGGUGGAUUAUGUGAUAUUCGCCCUCCUGCUAUUGGCCUCUAUGGCGAUCGGGGUCUACUACGCCUUGUCGGGGGGGCGUCAGCGCACCACGCAGGAAUUCCUUCUGGCGGACCGCAGCAUGGCCGCGGUGCCCGUCUCCCUCUCCCUCAUCGCGUCCUUCCAGUCGGCCGUGGCGAUCGUGGGCAUCCCUGCGGAGGUGUACGCCAACGGCACCCAGUUCUGGUUUAUCGGCUGCGCCUACGUCCUGGGCCUGCUCAUCCCGGCCCAAGUGUUCGUCCCCUUGUUCUACCGACUGCGUCUGUCCAGCGCUUAUGAGUAUCUAGAGCGUCGCUUCAACAAGGCCGUGCGCAUCUGUGGAACGCUGACUUUCAUCUUCCAGACGGUGAUCUACAUGGGGGUCUGUAUAUAUACGCCAGCGUUUGCACUCAAUAAAGUAACUGGACUUCCACUGUGGGGAACGGUGUUGGCUACUGGACUCGUUUGCACGGCCUACACAACAAUAGGCGGGCUGAAGGCGGUGAUCUGGACGGACGUGUUCCAGACGGCGGUGAUGUUUGCAGGGCAGCUGGCCGUCAUCGUGGUUGGGGUGCAGCAGGCGGGAGGUGUGAAGGCCGUCUGGGACCGCGUGUUGGAGGGAAACCGCAUCUCCGGCCUGGACCUGAACCCCGACCCCACGGAGAGACACACGUUCUGGACGCUAGCGGUGGGCGGGGUGUUCCUCAUGCUGGCUCUGUACGGCGUGAACCAGGCCCAGGUGCAGCGCUACCUCAGCGCCCGCACAGAGAGGGAGGCGGUCAGGUCCUGCUACAUGGUGAUCCCGGCUCUGCAGGUGGCUCUGGCUCUGAGCUGCGUGAUGGGCCUGGUCAUGUUCGCACGCUACUGUGGAGAAGACCCCUCCCGGAGACCGGGCUCCCUGUCCGGGGACGCUAUGGUGCUGUUCUUCGUGAUGGACAUGCUGCAGGGCCUUCCCGGGCUGCCCGGCCUCUUCAUCGCAUGCUUGUUCAGCGCUGCCCUCAGCUCCAUCUCCUCCGCCUUCAACUCCCUGGCAACGGUUACCAUGGAAGACCUCAUCAGACCACGCUACCCAGCGAUGACGGAAGCCAGAGCGACGCUCCUGUCUAAAGGCCUCGCCAUGUCGUACGGCCUGCUGUGUCUGGCCAUGGCAUACUUCACUCACCUGAUGGGAGAGUCCGUCCUUCAAGUAGCGUUGAAGAUCUUCGGCAUGGUGGGCGGGCCGUUGCUGGGCGUGUUCUCCCUGGGGAUGUUCUUCCCCUGGGCCAACUCCACAGGGGCCCUCGUUGGCCUGGGGGCCGGCCUUGCCACGGCCUUCUGGAUUGGCGUCGGCAGCAUCAUGACGCGCGGUGGUGGCAGCGGCGGCGGCGUCCUGCCUUCAAACUGUUCCGUUGCCUGGCUGCUCUCGGGGAACACCACCGUCUCACACGCCAACAUGUCUGUCGUUCCCGCCAUCUUUUUCAAUAUCAGCGCCACGCCCCCAACGCUGAGGCCGACAGGGCUGAGGAGGCUCUACUCCCUGUCCUACAUGUGGUACAGCGGACUCAGCUGUCUGGUGGUGGUGCUGGUCGGACUGCUCGUCAGCUUUCUAUCAGGUCCAAUGAAAGAGGAGGACGUGUUCCCGGGCACUGUGUACCCCCUGCUGGGGAAUCUAUUGUUCUUCUUGCCUGAUCGCUACAAGAAGAAGCUGUGUUGUACGGGACAGAGCACGCACGCGGAGGACAGGAACGGAGACAUCUUCUCGUCGGACAAAGGAGCCACGGAGGCAGAGACCAAGGUGCUGCUUCGUGCCUCGGACCCCCUUCUGAUGGAGCGCGAGACCUCGGUGUGACCGGCAAGAUGGAUCGUGUGACCUCUGUUCGACCGUCAAGAUGGAUCGUGUGACCUCUGUUCGACCGUCAAGAUGGACUGUGUGACCUCGUUAUGACCUCAAAGUGUUCCAGAACCACGUGUCUGUGAAGUGCUCACCGGUUGUUGGAGGUACUAUGGAAGAGUUGGUCCGUACCAGGGAGGAACUCAAAAUGGGAUAUUCCCACACCGGGGUAGCAUCACUGACAUCAAGGCAUCCAGUUUUGGGAAGGCAAGACACACUCAAAGAAUGUAAUUUGAGUUUUUAAUUAGUUUUUCGCUGCAUCUCAGAAGGACUUGCUGCAAUAUGAUGUGUAAUUCAUCACGCAGAAUUACGAUUGAGUUCCCAAGCGUAAACUCAUACCACCAAGUGAACCAAACGUUGGAGAAGAAGCUGAUCAUCAUAAAGAUAAAGAAUUGUGUAUUGUUUUUCUUAUAAUCCAAAAUAACUAAAUAUGUGUGAUAUCCUUUUUCCCUCCUCUAUUGACUUUUGUAUGCGUUUUUUUACUUGCUACCGCAAGACCAAAGGUUAACUGGAUGCGUAUAGAUGAGACAACACAGAAUGUUGUGUUUUAGACUUGAAUGUGCCAAGAUGAAAAUCGAGUCAACAUAACGGGGGGUGAAUGAUUUUUUACAUGUUAAGCAUUUCCUUAUUUUUCUUUUACGCUAAACUACAAUUCUCAGGAUAAUCGUUACGUUCGCUUUCCUUUUUUUUGCAGAUCAUUUUGUUACUGUCACACCUCGUGAUCCCUUCUUGGUUAAUGGAUGUGUUUGGUUAAGCUGUAUUUGGUUAAUAUUUGGGUUUAUUUUAUGUGCAUUGAUGACCUGAUGUUUACCUUUUUCAAAAAAAAGCAGAGUAAAGUUUUUUUUUCAAUUCUACUCCAUA